GAUGGGGCGGGGUGGGCGCGGGACCGUUAGCGGUCCCGGUCCGCCACAACCGUCAGCGUCGCGGUGGUCCCCGCGGCCUCAGUCUCCCUGGGUCGCAGUCCGCGUGACUCGGCCCCCGUUUGCACGCUCACACCCCUCGCCGGCGCAGUCACCGCGCGGGGCGGCGGCCCGUGAGGUAGCUACCACGGCUUGUGACAACGAAUAAAGCUCCGGGACAGCGGCGCCCUUGGCGAGAACUGAACGGGCGGUCCCAGCCGGGAGCGGCGGCCCGUGUGCUACCGUGAGGAGCGACCGGCGGAGGCGACCUCCGGCCCGGCCCCGCACCAGCCGCCCGGCAGGCGCGACAUGAGCCUGGUCUGGCAUCCGCGGGAUGCUCCUUGAGCCCCAUCUCCUGCUGUUACCUCCGGGGGACGGUUGUGGCCACACCUACAGUAUUUUCCAAUAAAUCAUUAUUUAUUCUUGCAGCGGCGGCGCCGAACACGCUUCUUUAGUUUUAAUUUUUUCAACAAGUUUUACCCAGCACUUAUCCAGCGAAACAACUUGAUAACCGGGUCAAGGGAGCAACCGUUCUGUUAGGAAACCUCGGACUGAGCAGCUUGUGGAAGCCAGCGUUUGCAACGUCCUCCUCACAUGCUUGAAGACCAUUGCGUCUUCCUGUAACUACCAGUGUGCACAGAAUCUAACUCAAGGAACGUCUUGGUCCAGCGAUGCAAACAACUGAAGUUUUAAGCUGGAAGAGCCUGUGUUGUCCUCAUUAUAGUAUAGAAGAGUUCAAGAUAGGAGAGACAGAGGCAGCAGCGAAUGAAGACUAUAAAAGAAAAGAAGGGACAUCAAAGACUGAGAAAAUCUGUCAAGACAAAGAGGGUAACCCAGAGGAAGCCUUCUUCAGGGCCUGUUUGCCGGCUAUGCCUUCGAGAACCUGGGGAUCCUGAAAAAUUAGGGGAAUUUCUUCAGAAGGACAAUCUCAGUGUGCAUUAUUUCUGUCUUAUCCUAUCUAGCAAGCUGCUUCAGAGGGGCCAACCCAACAGAGGUUUCCAUGGAUUUCUACCUGAAGACAUCAGAAGGGAGGCAGCCCGGGCCUCGAGGAAGAUCUGUUUUGUGUGCAAGAGAAAGGGAGCUGCCAUCAACUGCCAGAAGGACCAAUGUGUCAGAAACUUCCAUCUUCCUUGUGGCCUAGAAAGGGGUUGCCUUUCACAGUUUUUUGGAGAGUACAAAUCAUUUUGUGGGAAACAUCGCCCUACACAGAACAUCCGACGCAGGAACGUGGGGGAGGAAAGCUGUAUCUUGUGUUGUGAAGACUUAUCCCAAAUAAGUGUUGAAAACAUCCAGAGCCCAUGCUGUAGCCAAACUAUCUACCACCGGAAGUGCAUACAGAAAUAUGCCCACACAUCAGCAAAGCAUUUCUUCAAAUGUCCACAGUGCAACAAUCGAGAAGAGUUUCCUAAAGAAAUGCUAAGAAUGGGAAUUCAUAUUCCAGACAGAGACGCUGCCUGGGAACUCGAGCCAGGGGCUUUCUCAGAGUUGUAUCAGCGCUAUCAGCAUUGUGAUGCCCCCAUCUGUCUGUAUGAACAAGGCAGAGACAGCUCUGAGGAAGAAGGGAAGUGGCACCUCAUUCUGUGUGCUACAUGCGGAUCCCAUGGAACCCAUAGGAACUGCUCCUCUCUCAGAUCCAACUGUAAGAAAUGGGAGUGCGAGGAGUGUGCGCCUGCUGCCAAAGUCAUAGGGUACACACUUGAAAACUCAGGUGACAUCCCCUGUUGCAGCAGCACCGUCCUCUCCAGGGGACAUUUCUACAGAGACACCGGGCUGGAAGAGAAUCCGGGCCCUUCUUGGACCAAUUGGCCAGGAUCUUCCUUAUUAGAAAACCCAGAGUCCCCUGGUCCCAGGAGGAGCCACUCCUGGGGAUCCAAGGGUGUCACACUCUCUAAGAGCUGCAAAAAAUCUGAGUAACAUUUCCUGAGUAGUUUCUGCCAAGCACAUUUGGGUACAGAGCUGUGCUCCUCCAUCAGGUUUAGAGGAGGGAGCACUUUGGGAUUGGGAGAUGAGGAAAGGGGCCAGCAGGGUAUCUCUUAACCAAGAAAAGAGAAGUCCUGGGGGAACGCUAGUUCAGAGUAGUCCUGACGCUAAUCACGG